ACAUCAGCAAUCGAUAAGUUUAAAUGGGCAUUCGAUUAGCGUAGGCCAGCUGUUUAUUCUGGCGGUCUUUCAUACCUUUCGAUGAAAUAUUUUUUCAUUUCUGGCCGUAAAAUAUGUCCCAAGUCCCGGUUUUGGCCGGCGAAAAUGAGCAACCGAAGCGGAAGAUUCUAAGCGGCGGCGAGUACAAUAGGAUCUGCCAGUUCAUCAACGGUUUCCACGGAUUGGCCAUCGACUGCGAGUUCGAGUUGAGGAAUCGUUUCUUCAAGGAUGUGGAGCCAAUGGCGUUGACAUGCAUCGUACAAUCGGAGGUCUCAAACAGGACUAAGAGUAACCACUGGAAGCAGGACCAGCGAGGAAAGAAGCUGCUCAAAGUCUACGAUGAGCAGAAAAACUUGUACGACAAUGCCCUCCUGAUCCGAAUGGCUUCUGUCGAGGCACUGAACCCGGUGGCUCUCUGCAGGAUGCUGCUGCAGGAGAAGUACAAGGCUCAGCAUCGAUCGCACAUCUCACAGCUUCUUAGGCAUCCGCAUCUUAUCGACGAUCCGCAGCUGGCGGCCAAUGUGCAGCAGUGCAUAAUCAGCGACAAUCAAGAGGGAUCCAUUACGGACCUGCGACGACGCAUUAUGGGCGAGGAGUAUGAGCUUAAGCUUAAGAAUCUGGCUAAGGAGGCGGGUGUUCAUUUCUACGACGAGCAGGAUUUGCGACGAAUGGGAUAUGACAAGACGCCGGACAUCAAGAUGAUCCUGCCGUUCCUUUACAAGGGCUCUGUGGUCAACUGGAUCGAAAGCAAGGCCAAUUUUGGGGACACCAAGAAACACAAGUUCAACAUCCAACAGCAGCUGCAAAGCUACUGCAAUCGUUUUGGGCCUGGGAUCAUAAUCUAUUGGUUUGGGUAUCACGAGGAAACGCCCUCGCUGCCGGAUAACAACAUUGGCAUUACAGUUCUUGCUGAUUUUCCGGCUAAAGAAGAUUUAGUUUUUAUGCAACUUGCGCAAGAAGAAUUCCCCGCUGAGACUCCGGCAACGAUAGAGAACAGCAGUACCGGGAGUCAACUUUUAGGUGAACCUAUUAUAGCUGAAUGUCCAAUCAAAGAACUGACAAAGCUUUCAUGAAACUGGGUAUUCAGGGGAAUGGUUAAUUUUGGAAUAUAACAUAUUUUUUAACUAUUGAA